CAGUUUGUGUAAUUUUUGAGUAAAGUCAGUUUUGAACAGCACUUGCAGUAAAGUGAACCAGCAACUCAAUUGAAUAAGAAAGAUCUAUAGAAAACAGUAAAUUAUGGCUUGUUUGAUCACACUAAAAAAAGAUUUAAGACGUUUAGAGACCAUUUUUCCUAAAGAUCAUGAGCGUUUUCAGUUGAUUAGUGCCACUGUUGAUGAAUUAACAUGUACUUUUAUCGGCAGAAAUGGUAAAAAAUACGAGAUUCACGCAAAUUUCACGGAAACUUAUCCAGAGGCACCUCCAGUUUGGUUCUCCGAGGUUGAAGAUGAAAGUAUCAGUAAUAUCGUUCAAUAUCUGAGCAACACAAGUGGUGUUGAAAAUUAUGUAUGUUAUCGCAUGCUCUUUGUGUGUGUACUUAUUCUACAACAGGUAAAAGUCCUGGUUCGUGAAUUAUGCAAAGACCACAAUCUUCCAGAGCCACCCGAGUUAGGUCAACUUUGUGAUGUAUCAACACCUCUUCUUAACGGUGCUUUACAAUGUUCAAAUUCACGUUCUUCUUUCGCCACCGAAAACAGUGGUGAUUCGGGUUACAUCAAUGACAAUGAUGAGGUAAACCAAGCUAAUGUUAAUAAUCAUCAAUCAUCAGACACUGAAGAAGACUCAGAUAUGGAAGAUGAAGAUUUACCCAUUGAAAUGGAAGAAGAUGCCAGCAAUGCAGAUAAGUCAAAAGAUGACGGGUUAAGCCAUGAACACACAGCCACUCUCGAAAGGCUUAAACAAAACCAACGAGAAGGCUAUCUGAGAGGAUCUGUCAGUGGCUCUGUUCAAGCCUCCGAUAGGCUAAUGAAAGAGUUGAGAGAAGUUUAUCGAUCAGAAAGCUUCAAAAAAGGAGUAUUUUGUGUUGAAUUGAUCAACGAUUCUCUAUAUGAAUGGAACGUGAAAUUAUUAGUUGUAGAUCCAGAUAGUCCAUUGCACAAUGAUCUGAGAAUACUAAAGGAAAAGGAGGGAAAAGAUCAUAUUCUAUUGAACAUUUUAUUCAAAGAAACCUACCCUUUCGAGCCACCAUUUGUUCGUGUCGUACAUCCUAUGAUCCAAGGUGGAUAUGUGCUGUGUGGUGGAGCCAUUUGUAUGGAACUACUAACCAAGCAGGGAUGGAGCAGUGCGUAUACAGUUGAAGCUAUCAUUUUACAAAUAGCUGCUACCUUAGUUAAGGGCAAAGCUCGUAUACAAUUCCAUGGAAAUAAGGGCCAAUAUAGUCUCGCUCGGGCACAACAAACUUACAGAUCUCUUGUACAAAUACACGAGAAAAAUGGUUGGUUCACACCUCCCAAAGAAGAUGGUUAACCUUAGAUUUAUUCUUAUAUUCAUCAUUUUCAUUUCUUUCUUUUUCCUUAAUCAUAAUUUGAUUCUGUUGACUCUCAAUCUUCUGAACCUACAAUAAUAGCUUUUUUGUUCCAUUGAAUCACAUAUAAAUAAACUCUAAUUGUUUUACUGAUCUAA